AUGCCACGCGCUCCGCCUCAAUCGCCGGCGCUCGAGCAGCUUGGCCUCGAAGAGCUCCACGACCUGCACUCAGCCGUGCUGCUCGCCGUCGUGCGUGCGCAUGGCGUGCCGGCGGCCAUCAGCCUCGUCGGCGCCAGCUUGCAGUCUCUCGCGAGUGCGGCCGCUUUGCAAAAACCGAGUGGCGUUGCAUUGUCCAUAGCCUCGACGUCGGAUCGAUGGCGCGACGCCGCACGCGCUGCGAGAGAGCUGCCAGAUCCGUGGCGCAACGAGGUCCAAGUCAGCACGGCACUCGGCGUCCGGAGGCGCUAUGAUGCUGCGAGCCGCACGUGGACUGCUGAUGCCGUCCUGGUAAGGCUUGAGCGUGAUCCCUUUGCUCGUGGCGGAAUGCGCCUAUGCCACCGUUGCAAGGUGCUGCAAAGCGCACAGCAAGGAUGGCACGGUGCGGGCACGAAUUUCGUCGCCAAGGAGUAUGCAGCCAAUGAGCCCGACAGCGUCGCUCUGCUGGAGGCAGACUGCCGGAUGCAGGGGCAGGCCAAGGCAUUUGCGAUGGCCUUCAAUGCGCAGCGCGUGCCCAAGCCCGUCGACUUUGUUCAGUGCUGGAUGCUGGCGCUUCCCGGCCGCGGCCACUUUGCCGUCGAGCCAUUCCUCUCGGGCGAUUUCACAAAAUACUCGUCCAACUCGGGCUAUGUGACGGAUGAGAUCAUCCGCUACACGCCGCACGCGUUCAGCCACUUCACGUUUGAGUAUUCGCGCGGCAGGGAGAUCGUCGUCGACGUGCAGGGCGUCGGCGAUAUGCUCACGGACCCGCAGGUCCACACGCGGAGCGGCGAGGGGUUCGGGCGCGGCAACAUGGGCCUGAGAGGGAUGGCGCUCUUCUUUGCGAGCCACGAGUGCAAUCCGAUCUGCAAGAGGCUCGGGCUGCACCCGUUCGCACGGCACGCCGCGUCCUCGGCAGCGACGGUGCCCGCGGCCACGGCGGCGGGCGAGGAGGUGGGCCCGCUCGCUCUGAUCGUCGCGCCGCCCGCGAGGCCGAUCGCGACGGCCGUCGAGAGCAGCGAGCGGCUGCACGCGCCGAUCCAUUUUGCGCUCGCGCUGCUGCACGCGCGCUCGGUCCGAUCGGGCGAUGAGAGCCUGGGGCCGGGCGUGUUCGCGACGCCCGCGCGAGGUCUCUACCACCUCGCGGCGAGCGCGGCGCUCGGCCACUUGCCCGCGAUCACGGCGCUAGCCUGCUUGCAUUCGCAGGCUCGUCCGCGCAAGGGCGUGCUGGCGGCGCUGGCGGACUCGCUGCAGAGGCCGCUCGGAAAGGACGAGACGUUGGCGACUCGGUACACGCUGCAGGCGGCGGAGGCGGGCGUCGCGAGCGCGAUGAGCGCGGUCGCGCUCGCGUACGAGCACGGCGUGGGCGUGGAGGAGAGCGCGGCCAAGGCGGCAAAGUGCGAGUAUGACGUGCUGUCGGCGCUGGCGAGGCUGUACGAAGCGGGAGACGGCGAUCUGCGGCGCGACGAGCGGAUGGCUCCCGGAGCGCCACUGAACAUGGCUGACACAGCACGCGCGCCGAAGAAGUGUGCGAUGCCACUGUUCGCAGACACGAGUGACAGCGCGACCACCGUCAAGCUCACGGUCCCCGACAGCCCUCAAGCCUUCAGCUGGUGCCAAGACAUCCGUAAAGUUGAAAGCAGAACGUCCGCCAAAUCCGUGCUUUCGCGCUACCUGAGGGGAAAGCCGCUGAUCGAGCCCAGCGUGCCCGCGGCCGCCUCCCGCGCAGCACCGCCGCUGCGGAAUCGGAUCGAUCCCAUGGAGGAGGAGGGCGCAAAAGCCGCGCUCCAGGAGCACGCCAAGAUGCAAUGGCUCGCUUGCUUCGAUUCAGCUCUCUCGGCAGCAGAAGUGGGGCUGGAGCGGGUGGGGGUGGAUGCCGAUUGA